CAAUUCAACUGAAGAGGGCGCAACAGCAAUGUGUCAAUAAAUACUCUCAUUUAUUUCUACGAACACAGUUGCUCCAUCAGAGCACAGACACACAGCUCGGUCACUUUUCCAUUCCACAUAGAACCGAAACGGCGUCGAUUCAAGCAAGCGCCAAACGUCAUGUUGUACAUUUGACCUAUUCCUUUGCUCCUUUCUCUUUGACUGCAUGCUGAGGGAAAUCAAGUUGAUUGGUUGGCAACUUGCAAGCAAGCCUUCAACUUGGGCAGAAGCUUUGAGACGACGAAGGCUGAACGUGUCAAAGCAGAGUGACGUCACGCGCGGUGCGGGCUAGGACUUUAGUUGCGUCCGUGGGUCAGUCGCACUUGUCGAGUUGGAGCCGCCGUUCCUGUCUGCCAGUCUUCCAGUCUGCCUGCCUGCCUGUCUGCCUCGCUCGCUGUCUGAGAGUCUCGCAUCGCAGCCCAAGUUGUUGAUCACCCAAGGCGCCCGAGGAUGGUCCACCAAAGUUGCCGCGGCCGCCGCGAACUGCUCAUCAUGAGUCUGCGCCCCGCACUUGUGUGCUUUCUACUGCUCUCCCUAACCAGGAUGGCCGAGUCAGCGGUCUGCGACGGCACGGCUGCCCGUGUGAAAUUCUGCAAUGUUGGCGACAAUCUUAAACUGGACUCAGGUGCCUCCAGUGAGUCUGUCGAAUGGACUUUUGAUGGAAAGACCACAAACCUCCCACGUAACGUUGACUAUGACCCUGCCAACACCAAAAAAGUCCUGACAUUGGAGAACCUGAGCGCUGCAGACAGCGGCAAGUACACUGCCACCUACGGUACAGGCACCCCCACCACCGUGAACUUCUUAAUCCUCGUCGGAGCCGUCCCCUGCCCCAAAAACGAAGAAUGCAAAGUUGUGAAGGGGAGCUCCAUCGAGAUGGACUCCGGAGCGGAUUCCAGCACUGAUGUAAAGUGGACUCAUAAGAAGACACCUGAAGAUACACCGGUCGCUGACAUCAACUUGACUGAGAAUAACAAGAAAGAGAUGGGCCUCUUCAACUUGAAUGCAGACAACGCGGGGACCUACGAGGCCAAGUACAGUACAACGACUAAAACAUUUACAGUCUCCGUCCAAGAUCCCAUCACCACUGUCAAAAUCGAGGGCGAAGGUUCUGUGUGUGCAGGCGGCAAGGUCAUCUUAAAGUGCAUGGUCACAGGUGAUGCCAAAGAAGUCACUUGGAAGAAGAACACUUCUCCCCAAACUGCUAACGUCAUGGGCAAGGAGGUGACCAUCAACGGGGCUAAACCGAAGGACGCCGGUAAAUACACUUGCCGCGCCGAAAGCUACCUUGGCGGUCAACCGGUCGAUAGCAACGAGUUUCCUCUCGCCGUUAGCGCGGCUGUCGACUGCGAGAAACAACAAAAAGGCACAAACUCCUCCACCUCCAUCAUCAACAAUAACGAAGAAGAAGAUAAGAAGGGGAAUGCCGCAGCCCGGGCCGCGUCCUGCUCCGUCGCUCUGGUGGUGAUGACCAGCCUCCUUCAGCUCUGCUGGAUGCUUUAGACACGGCGGCUGCCGGUCGAAUGGAAGUGCGGGCGGGGGGCUUGACUGCCGCCGCCGCCGCCACCUUUGCCUUUUUGGAGCGGGAGGAGCGAGCGCCCAGAGUGGAGCGGCAGGCAAAGCUUUUUUUUUCUUUUUUAUUGUUUGUUCCUUGUUCCGUUUAGUUCACUCGAGCAUUUGAAUCAUCAGAAUCAUUGAAUCCGCCACACAAUCCAAAUGGUGGACGUGUGACGAUGACUUAGUUUUGCGAAUGUUUUGGAUUGCAAACGCAUCAUCAGUGUCGAAAAAGUAAGCGGUCAGCAUUCGGAGAAUGAAGCAGAACUAGCCUCUAGUGCAUAACAUAGGUCCAUUUCUUUGAUCCAAUUAGGCAUGUAUUAUUAAUACCUUUUGGUAGCCAUCUUUGUAUGAUUAACGAGGAGUUUGUUUUCAGUUGUCGAUUUGACCUAUUUACAAUUUAUUGAGAGUAAGCUAUUAUCCGUGUCGGUAUUGUCUCGCUCAAUUCUUGGCGUAACACUGUUGAAUGAUUUGAUCGAGUCCAUCAUUUAGUAAUAGUAAGGUACCUUUUGUUUACCAGUCUCGAAGAAUUAUGAAUUCUUUGAUCUGUUCUUCCCAUGUUGACUGCGCAUGAUGAUGGCGAUCAUUUCAUCAUUCACCAUUUAUAUAUUAUCAUGAUUAUUUCUUCAUUUAUUUAUUAUUCAUUAUUUAUCUUUUUUCCUUUGAUUAUUCAUUUAUCAUUUAUCAUAUCUCUUUUGUUACUCCAUAUGGAAUUAGACGCGCGCUCGUAACACUGUUUGUUUAUUGGAUCGCUCCACUAUUCAUUUAUUCAAUCCAUUGAAACAGAGCAUGCUUCGCUCUUGUUCUUAUUUGAAACGAUAGGAGCGCUCACGCUCGUAACACGAUUCGAUCGGUCGAUUCUUCAUUGGUUGAUUCAAUCGGUUGAAUCGUCUACCAAAAGUAAAGCUACAUUUUGUUCCUACGUGAUUUGAAACUAUACGCGCGUUCGCAAACACUAUUUAUCGGAGCUGUUGAUUAUUCCUUGGGGGUUUUUCCCCCCCCAAUCGAUUCAGUAAGCUAUCUUUUGUUCUUAUUUGGAGUGAACAGCUGUUUGUUUAGUUGAACAUUUAUUCAAUCGAUUGAAUCAUUAAUAGUAAGCUCUCUCUACGCGAUUUGAAAUGAUAGGCGCGCUCGCAAACACUUGAUUUGUUGUCGAUCUGUUGAUUAUUCAACCUAUUUAAUCAUUUGUUCAGAGAAUCGAGUAAGCUAUCUUUUGUUCUUAUUUGGAAUUCUAGGCGGUCGUAGCACAGUUGACUUAUUUGAAUGACUCAUUUAUUGAUUAAGCUCUUUUGUUCUUACAUGAGUUGAAAUGAUGGGCACCGCAUGCUCACAAACACGCCGUCUGAUUCAGCGUUUGAUUCACUCACUCUCAUCAGUUAUUCAUAGAGUAAGCUAUCUUGUAGUAAAAAUGAUCAUCCAUGUGUACUGCUGGCACCUGAGAGAGUUUGUCAUGGCGCAUGAUGGGAAGUGUGAGGUGAGGGCAGGAAAAGACGCGCGAGUGUGGAGGGAAGAGGAUUGGGCCGCCAGCAGCUCGUGUAUGUAGAAUUGUCUUAAGUUGUUAUUUCGGUUCAAUAAAAGCGAUGAAAUUGCA